AUGGAGGAGUCGACAGUAUUGCAUCGUUCAAACACGAAGUUUCCUCCCUGCUGCUUGAAAAUAUUCCAUGACAAAUACGUACUUGUGGGUACGUACCGACUGCAUAAGGACAGCACGAGAACCGGGUCAUUGGAUGUGUUUGAUGAUCAUCUAAACUUGCUGCUUUCUAUUCCAACUUACGGUGCUAUUCUGGAUCUUAAAUUAUCUCCCUUUGACUCAACGUUGAUGGUUACCGCGCACUCUACAGGGAACAUCUCGUUAUGGAAUAUCUCUUUAGAUGGUCCAGAUAUAUUAGUGAAACAAGCAGCAAACAUCCAGUUAUUUGAUGUGGAGGCAUUGAUUUCUUCUGUUCAUUUCUCUCCACUAAACUCUCGACUGAUAUGCAUCACGACCACGAUGGGGGAGGUCGCUACUGUCAAUAUAGAAGUUGGAGAGGAGAUCGAGGCUAUCACGAGCCCGAUGAUCGCUGACUACUACAGUCGGAUUGAUCAAAAGCUUUUCCAAGUACAAGGUGAGGAGAUCAACGCUAUCGAGGGUUCUGUGAUGCAAAAGUUUGACAGCGAGCACCAAUUGGAAUGCUGGACUGCCGAGUUCGGUCAGUUGUCGCCGUUGGAAAAUGUGAUAUUCAGUGGUGGCGAUGACGCGGCCAUCAUGGGUCACGAUCUACGUUCGGGGGAAACCAUCUGGUCGAACAGCAGGAUUCACGAAGCUGGUGUCGUGGGGAUUAAAUGCGCAACGCCCAAUUUCAGAACCAAUAAACCCACUUCCAUUCUCACCGGGUCGUAUGAUGAUCAUAUCAGAUGCCUAGAUCUUCGUAUGUUGGGGGAAUCGCUUUACCCGGGCCACAAUGUUGCCCCUGCUCAGGUGUCCUCCUGCAACUUGAACGGUGGAGUUUGGAGGUUUAGCGAACUACCAGUCCCAUUGAACGAGACAAACACAAACGGUCCAAAUUCUACUCUUUUAGUUUGCUGCAUGUACGAUGGCGCCAAAAUAGUGACAUACAACGAUGCACUCUCGCAGUUCGAAGUUUCCCAUUUCCUUAAGAAGGGACACGAAUCCAUGUGUUACGGUGGUGAUUGGUGUUCCAAUUUCAUUGGAACUUGCUCCUUUUACGAUAAAGCAGUGCAACUGUGGAACCCAUGA